AUGCAUAAAUAUGUUCGACACACUUUCCGACUGUUUCAUAACGGCGCCAGUGUUCGCCCUUACGAAAACGGGGAUUUGGUAACGCGUAACGGUACAAACAGAUACAAAUUUGCGAAACUCGAGUUGAAGAACGUGGAAACUCAAAUAAACAGCGUGCGUAACGAAAUGAAUAGCAUACGGAACGAGGUGAACGUAAAAGUUGACAGCUUACGGAACGAAAUGAGCAGCAUGCGAGAGGAAAUGAACGCAAAAUUUGACACCAUAAACGCAAAUGUUGACGGCAUGCGGAAGGAAAUGGGCAGCAUGCGGGAGGAAAUUAAAACCGUAGACGAGAAAAUCAAUAGUAACAUAAACAGAGCGACAUUCAAAGCUGUAAUACUUAUAGGUACGAUAACGAGUGGCAUAAUCGGCCUGUCAACGAAGUUUGGUUGGGCAAUAACUUUCAACAUUAUCACUCCCGAACCAUCCCCUCAACCGUCUCGACAACCACCUACCGCGAGUCAAAGUAAACAUUGA